CUCCCAAUCCCACCACCUUAUUCCUCCACUUUUUCCUCAUUUCUAAUUUCAAACAACAAUUUAUCGGGUGAAGUAUCACAACUAAUUUGCAAAUUCAAAUCCCUUAGGUAUCUUGAUCUAUCCUUCAAUAGUUUGGGUGGAAAGCUUCCCCAGUGUUUGAGCCAGUUUAGCAAUUCUCUUUCGUUGUUGGAUUUGAGAGGAAACAAAUUUGAGGGAAAUAUUCUGUCAACAUGGAGAAAUGGAUGCCAACUGAGAAUGAUCAGUAUGAGCCAAAAUCAAUUGCAAGGGCAAUUGCCCAGGUCAUUAGCCAACUGUUCAUUACUGGAAUUCAUUGAUUUUGGCAGCAACCAAAUAUUUGAUACUUUUCCAGUUUGGUUAGUUACAGCAAGUGAGUUGAGAAUUCUUAUCUUGCGAUCUAAUAGUUUGCAUGGUGUCAUUAAUGAUGAUUUUGGUUUCUCAAAUAUUCAAGUCAUCGACUUAUCCAACAAUAAUUUUAGAGGGAAGCUCCCAUCAAUGUUCAUUGAUGCGCCGAAUCCAAUGAGAGCCCUCAAUGUAAGUCGCACACUUGAAUACAUGGAGCAAGGUUUGUAUCCACCUAGCUUUUGGAGUUCCGAAGAAUUUGGCUCAUUUGAUUACUCAUUGACCAUGCAUAACAAGGGUUUGGAAAUGAACUAUAUGAAGAUUCCAAAUAUUUUUUGUGGCGUCGAUUUCUCCUCCAACAAUUUUGAAGGGCAGAUACCUGAAACAUUUGGAAAUCUCGCAGGGCUUCAGCUGCUAAAUCUUUCUAGAAACUACCUCAGCGGUCAAAUACCGUCUUCUUUCUCCAACUUGACAAGUUUAGAGUGUUUGGAUCUUUCCCAAAACCAACUCUCAGGGAACAUUCCUAUGGAGCUAACAAAACUCACUCCUCUUUCAUCAUUUAACGUGUCAUUUAACAAUCUCUCUGGCCCCAUACCACAAGGAAAUCAGUUCUGUACCUAUGACGCCAAAUCUUAUGAAGGGAAUCCUGGAUUGUUCAUUGGAACUUGGAAUAAGCAGUGCGGAAAUGCAAGGUCUUCGCCUCAGCUGCAGCAGCAGCCUCCACCCGCUACAUUUGAUGGUGGAGACGAUGAUGUUGAUUCAGAAUAUGAGUUUAGAAUGAAGUGGAUAAUAAUAUUGAUUGGAUUCGUCAGUGGUUUACUGGGUGGAGUGAUAGUUGGGAACGAAUUCACCACAAGAAAACACGAUUGGCUCGUCAAGACAUUUGCAAGGAAACGGAGAGGGUAGGCAUAAGAGGAGAAACAUACGCUAUAUAUAAGCAUUCUCAGUUGUGUUUUGAAGUGGGACAAAGAAAUAAAUGGUAAUGUA